AUGCGGUGCCGGCCCACUCUGUCCCAACCUGGGGGGGUUUCCCCGAGCUACCGCACCCAGGCUCGGAGGAGGCACGGCGCCCCUCACCCCAGGCCCCCGGGCGAGGCUGCAGCACCUCCCGGUCCUCCCAAGGAGGCUGAAUCUCCAUCUUGCGACCAGGGAUCCCCGUCCCCAGACCCCGCCGUGCGCCGGGCGCCCCACGGCCCCGCCAGACACAGGACACCUCGCCCCCACCCCGCCCCGCAACACUUCUUCCCCGCGAGGAAAUCCGCAGCCGACUUUGACAGGCCCCACGUCUACAAACCUACCACGGCAACUUGUCUCCCAGCCCCUCAGACCUUCCAGGUGGCUCCCAUGCGGCUGGCGGGAUGCGAGAGAGAGAAAGACCCCCCUUCCACACGGCCUGGGACACUCCCCGCCUCCUCCCCAGGAGAAGGAAACCGGCCCGCGGGCGGCGGCCGGGACUCGACGAGCAGCCCAGCCCCGGGUCCUCAGGAGCCGACCGAUGCAGGAGCGCUACGGCGGCGAGCGGGAGAGGAGGCAGCGAGCUACCAGACCCAGGUACCGUCGGGCGGCGGCGUGCGCGCACCCCGUGGAGUCGCGCACGCGCACGCACCGCACGCGCACGCGACGCAGCCUCCCCGCUUUCCCCGCCCACCAGUUUCUCCAGCUCCCCCUUCGCGUCGGCUGACCUCCGUCUGCGCACGCGCGUGA